AUGGAAUCCGAAGGCAUUAUAUGCUUUCAAAAUCCGCGCAAUCCCUUGAUGGUCAAAGCGGGGAUCAGUCGACAUUGGAUGAUGAAUUACAGCAACCUAAAAACCAAUUCAAGCUUCGUGAUAGACCCGAGUCAAGUAACAGGUGAAAUAGCAGAACGCGGACAGAUCAGCAUUAUAAUAACGAGGAAGCCUGGAAGAGCUCAAGAGGACAAGAUGUUGAUCGAAUACAGUGGCGGUUUAACGGGCAAAACGGUUGUCGAGAGUCGUGCCAAUUGA